UGCAAAGAGGCACUGAGAGACAUACCUACCAAGAAUGUUUUUUUGAAUAUUUUAUGGUGUUUCAGCAAGCGCUGGCGUGGAACGUGCGUGAAUAUUCGCAGAGUGACAAAACACCAUGGCUUGCGGGAGCAGUUAGAAGCACGCUUACGGACUGUAUUUGAUAACAGUAUCGUGCGAGAGCUCAAGGUGAUCAGUCGCCUUCAGCAUCCCCACAUCCUCAAUCUACUGGCCGUCAUGCUGUUGGACCCGGUGACAAGCUUGGAACUCGUGGAUCCAACCCAACUGGCUCUGGUCUAUGAGCGACCUUCUUUAGGUUCGCUGCACUAUUGGACUCAAGUAAAGCUUGAGGACGUUCCCGUCUUAUCUGCCUUCACAAUAUGCCGGCAAGUCGCCGAGGCACUCAUGUUCCUCCACUCGUUUGGUAUUGUACACUGUAACGUAACACCGUAUGCUAUUCACCUGUUCUCUUUGGACAGCGCCAAGCUGGGAAAUUUUGAAUAUGCUGUCGAACCAAGCGAAUUGACUACCUCGGAUAGACUUGAACCACUCUCUACCUCUUUGGGACCAUCUUCAUCACACAUGUCGGGUACCGCCAGUCCUACGCCUCCAACAAAGACAGAUGAAUGCACUCCUUACUUCAUGUUGUACGAGUGUGCGCUACAUCUUCCUGCCAGUCAUCUGGCCAACUGGCUUCCUCCAGAAUUGUUCCCCAUUAAUGCAUCUCAACUUGAUAAGAGCCAAGGUAGCACGUGUCUACGAGGGCCAGUCACUAUGAAGAGACCCUGCUUUGCAUCUGAUGUGUACAGCCUAGCCAAAGUUCUUGAGUCCCUCAUUCCGCAUUUGGCUCACGGUUCCCCAGAUGUUUCCCUAGAAUAUGCAGGUUAUGUGGCCCCUAUUACGAAUGUUCGAAUGGUACUUGCAGCAGCCCUACAACCUCGCCCAGAGGAGCGACUUCCCUUAAAGCAAUUUCACCGGUUGCUCAUCCAUCUGUUCUGGACAGAAUACGAUCAAAUGAAGUCACCAAAGCCACAGGUCAAUGCUACUACCAUUCCAUGUCCUUUGCGCUUAUGUGAUCAUCAUACCCCUGGGCACAGGGGUGUGGAACAAAUCAGCUCAACCCUAACUACCCCCUUGGCUUCGACGGGAAUGGGUACACUACAGACGGAAAAAGAAACGGAGUCGUGUAGCUCUGGGGCGAGAUGGUCCAAGUGCUUAGAGUACGAAUUUACUGACCGGAAGGUCUGUGGUUCGAACCCGACCUCUGCCUCUCGACUUCCCCUGUGUGGGCUUGGGCAACCUGGCAGUAUCCCAACCCUCGUGCAACCUCCGGGUGGCAUGGUGGCUAGGCACCGAAAGGGUGCUACAGCUGAACGGUUUUACGGUCAUGUAGUUCUAGUAAUGCGAAAAAAUAUGAAACUGCAUUUUCAGUACCCUUCUCCCAAAGCUACUGGAGGCAUGAAAGAACAAGGGAGCUUGGAACUCAAAUGUUCACGGCAGAUUACAUUUAGGCGACGUCGACGUUUCCAGGUCGAACUCACAGAACACCCCGAACAGGGUUCUCCAGGCAGUGACACUUCGAUGCUCCCCUCUGAAAAUGUACCAGCAGCCUACCUCAUGAGUCACCCUUCACCAGGUUCACCUUGGAAGUGCGGCACACUGCUCUCAUCUGAUACGAGCCCAUCGUCCGGCUUUUACAAAACGGCGAAGACAUUUACAGUGAAAAGUUCCUCAACAUCAGAGCCCGAAUGGUCUUCAGUGAGCGACCGGCUUCCUCCAAAUCCCACAACAAAGUGUAAAACUUUGGGAUUUUCAGAAUUAUCACUAUUCCUUCAUUCUUUUGCCAGUUCCUCAACAUCAGAGCCCGAAUGGUCUUCAGUGAGUGACCGGCUUCCUCCAGUUAGACCAGAAAUCACGAUUACCACACAGGAACCAAUCGUCAAUCCUCACUGUUCUUCAGGAAAACAAUCGGACGAACCUCUUGUUAAAAAGUCGUUGGAGAAGCAGAAUAGCACAAAGCUAACUCGGUUUUAUCCAUUUGUGAAUGAGUGGUUGAGGCGUCGAAAGUUCGGCAGCCCCAAAUCGGAAAAUUUGAUUACCGACCCCUCAUUCACAACCUGCAGUUCUGACAAGACACCAUUACCCGUCCAGGGUCAGCGCUCUUCACCCUCGCCCAAACUUCCAUUGAUGAGUCUUCUUAAACCUCCACAAACGGUCUUUAGACGUUCUAAAAGCGCCAAACUAACACGUACAGAUUAUCUGGAACUCGCCGCAGUUCCAUUAGUUCCCGAAGGCGUUGAGGUCCCUCCGAAUCUUGUGCCCUGGAGAAGUCCGUCCGUUUGUCACCAGUCUCUGGGAAAGCUGAGCCGCUCCAACACCAUGCCAUGUCGGAAAGUUUGGCAUCUCUCACCAUCUACUCCAGUGGUGACAUCGAUAGUUCCCCAAAGCGAGCUUCAUCAUAGUCCUUUGAAAACCGUCGAAGUGCGGGAUAAACGCGACGUCACACCAGUGAAGCCAGCUUCACAUCAAACUCACCUUACUCCCGUUGCCGUGGAUUACAGUGAAGUUACUGGGAAACCAGACCUCAUCCGUUCUUCUAGUCGGUUAAGCAGACGCUCUCGGCGUUACACAGACAGAUGUGCUCUACCAAUGAAUAGUUCUGUAGAUGCACCGGAGUUUGGUGAAGAAACUUUGGAGAAUUUGCACAGAAAUCACAGUUGUUCUUCCCUGAUGAUGCUUAAAAGCGUGUCAACACAGACGGAACAGGAAUUGCUGAAACAAAUGUCAGCUCUCCCUUCUGUGCCAGAACCUACGAAAGCGGAGUUAUCUACCACCGUAACACCAACUCACUUCCGCGUGACAAACGACCCUUUACCCGCUGAGGGCAUGAACUUGAAUCUACUGCAGAACCUAAGAGCCGAUUCAGCGUAUAUGAGAGAACGAUUCUUUUCUUCGGUCAGUUCAACCCGAACCCAACCCGUGCAGCUCAAUCGUGUCAAGCAACUGGUGGAGAUGUUUGAGCAUCACUUGUCACUGAAGCAACCAAACGCAAGAAAACCCGAUGCACCACUGGGAACAUACACCCCUCGUUUACAUACGGAAAAGGUGAAUGAAUCCCUCAGCAAAGUAAAAGCAAGCAGGUGUGUCGCAGAUGUAGCCUGCUGUCCUGGGCGUGUGAAAAUAAACAAGCAUCCGGAAGUAUUAUCAGUGAAACCUCUUUCGAACUCACCCGCCAAUGCACGACAUACUCACCUAACUGCUGACAACUUACCUCCGACAACAACAUGUGAUUUGGAAUCUAGUCCUCGUUACUAUCAAUCACGGAUUCAACGUCGACUGUGCAGUCAGCCUUUUCCUCUACAUCAAUACCCAACACACAUCGCUGACAUUCGUCCGUUUGGCAGCUGGCCCCGGCUGAAUUUUCCACUGCCCGCUUUAAGCAAAGGGAUAACCAACGAUCAUAAGUCAGUCAACCCAGAGAAAUUGUGGGAGAACAAUUUGUCGGUAAAUCAACCACAGUCCCAGUCACGGGUGACUUCACCGACUACGUCUAGCUGCGUGUUAUCCGAAAAGUCUGUCAAGGCGCAGUGUGUUCCGACGCAGGAAUUCUGCUACCACUCUAAGACGAAACCGGAUAACUCUUAUGCUAACGGUUUUGAACUCCCUCCACUACCCCAGCCAACACAUCUGGAUUUCGGUGAAGGUUCGCCGACAAGCGGAUCUCUGAACUCCCUACCACCACCACCUUCACGCUCAUCCUUAGUUGAAGUCGAACCUUUUACAACACCGCAACCCAUCUGCACAAAUGGAGAGGGUGAAUAUGUGAACUUUUUAACGAUUCCGCUAACGGGCUAUGCGAUUCGGAGCGAGCAGAGUAGCUGGAUUCUCUCUCCAAGAGCGCAUUUCUCCAGCACGGCGCAUGGUAUGAAUCAAGGCUGGCGAAAGCUAGGCCACUUUGGGAACACUUACGGACCUUCAGGGAAUGUCCACCGUGGCGAAUAUAGAUCAGCC